AUGGAGAACAAUGAAAAGGACUGCUGCUUAAAGAGUCACACAAAGGCAGAAGAGGGCCUGUACAAAACAGAGGAGGCAUUUGUCCAGGACCUCGCCCACUUCAUGGAAUAUACCAGAUUGUACAAAGGCAAGAAGCUCUUCUGUUGCCCCAAAUGCAGCAGGAGCUUCCCCAGGAAGAGCCUCCUGAAGGCCCACCAGUGUCUGCAUGGCAGGGAGAGGCCCUUCUUCUGCCCUGAAUGUGGCAAGGCCUUCACUCAAAAAUCUAGGCUCACUGAACACAGGAGAGUACACAGCGGGGAGAGGCCCUUCCGGUGCCCGGAGUGUGACGGGAACUUCCGUCUGAAAGCUGUUCUAAAAGCCCACCAGAGCACACACAGCAGGGAAUGGCCUUUCACUUGUAGUGAAUGUGGCAAAGGCUUCACGAGGCAAUUCCACCUCGCAGAGCACCUCAGAAUGCACACGGGGGAGAAGCCCUUCCAGUGCUCCCAGUGUGACAAGAGCUUCCGCCUGAAGGGCACCCUCAAGGUCCAUCAGCGUGUGCACAGCAGGGAUCGGCCCUUCUCUUGUGGGGAAUGUGGCAAAGGCUUCACCCACCAGUAUAAACUGACUGAGCACUUCCGAGUCCACAGUGGUGAGAAGCCCUUUCAGUGCCCUGAGUGUGGUAAGAGUUUCCGCCUGAAGAGUGGCCUGAAUUACCACCAGCGCUUACACCAUAAGGAGAGGCCGUUCUCCUGCAAUGAGUGUGGCAAGGGCUUUAUUCAUCAGUCGAGGCUCUCUACCCACAUCAGAGUGCACACCAGGGGAAAGCCCCACGGCAACCUGAGUGACCCUGGCAAAGCCAAGCCAGGCCACCUCUUUAGGCUAAUAGAGGAAGACUGGAGCUCGUAG